GUAGACCAAGAAACCAGGGAGGGACAGGACGUAUUUUAUUUCCGGAUGGCUUCAGUUAUGCCUCUUUCAGAAAAAGACCUUCACUGCCCUGUGUGCUGUGAGGUGUUCGUUUUCCCUGUCACUCUAGAGUGCAGGCACACCAUUUGCAAAAUUUGUGUGCAGAAACACUGGGAAUGGAAGGGAUCUCGCGAGUGUCCUGUGUGUCAGAGAAGGUCUUCCACGGACAGACCUCCUAUCAACCUGGCUCUAAAGAUAGCCUCUGAUUCCUUGAUGGGUCUGAAGCUGCAGAACGCUAAGAUGGAUUCCGAGGCCUGGUGCAACCUUCAUAAUGAGCAGCUGAAGGUCUUCUGCCUGUUUGAGGAGAAACCAAUCUGCACUGUUUGUCAGGUGUCAAAGGAACACAGGCUCCAUUUGUGCUGUCCGGUGGAAGAAGCUGCUUUGGAUCGAAAGCGUGAGAUUUCAACACAACUGAACUCAUUCCAAAAACAACUGAAAGCAUUUUACGCAAUUAAAGGAGACUGGACAGAAACAGAAAACUACAUAAAGGUCCAGGCUGACAAAACUGACAGACAAAUAAGGACAGAAUUUGAAAAGUUACAUAAGUUUCUCUGGGAGGAAGAGACAGCCAGGUUGGCAGCCCUGCGAGAGGAAGAAGAAAAGAAAACCCAAACUGUGAAGAAAAAGCUUGAGGAUAUUACAAACACUAUUGCUGUUCUAUCAGACACUAUCAGCAAUUUACAGAAGGCUAUAGAAGCUGACGAUGUGUCCUUCCUACAGGACUUCAAGCAGACAAAGAGCAGAGCGAUAUCUAGAACACCAGAGAUCGAGAGAAUUUCAGGAGCUCUGAUAGAUGUCUCUAAGCACCUGGGCUCAUUGAAAUUCCAUGUCUGGAAGAAGAUGUUAGAAAUCAUCAAUUACACUUCCAUCACUAUGGACCCCAACACGGCACAUCCAAAUUUGAGCUUCACUCUGGAGCUCAGUAGCGUGAGGUACAGCAGCAAGCACGAGAUGCCCGACAACCCCGAGCGCUGCACCAGCCGCAUGGCAGUCAUGGGGGCUGAGGGCUUCACCUCCGGCAGAUACACCUGGGAUGUGGAGGUGGGGGACAACAGGGACUGGUGCAUCGGGGUGGCCCAAGAGUCCAUCCUUAGGAAGAAGACCAUCUUCCUAAAGCCGGGGGAGGGUUUCUGGACCAUCAGCCUCUGCAACGGAGACAUAUACUGGGCCCAGACCUCCCCCCGGACCCGGCUCUCCUUGAAGACCAAGCCUCAGAGGAUCACCGUGGACCUGGACUACGACAAGGGGAAGGUCGCCUUUAUCGACUCCAUCAGCACGAUGCCCAUUUACACGUUCAAGCACAAGUUCAAUGAAAAACUCUUCCCGUACUUUUCACCUGGAAUUAAUGUGGAGGGGAAAAACCAGAGCCCAAUUAAAGUCUGUCCUUUGACAGUGUCUGUAAUGACUAAAUAAAUCAGAGCAGGUAGUAUUAUGUGUAGUACCAAUAGUAGUGGUAAAAGUAGCAACAGGAUGGUUACAACUAAUUCUCUCAUUCAGAGACUUCUAAAACAUUUUCUACAUAUUUUUCUGCAUAUUUGUUUUUCAUAUCCACAACAUAUUUACAUAUUAAGUUUUUUUUCAGGAAAAGUCUAAUCUAAGUGUAUUUGAGUAUGGGUAUAUUCCCCAAAAUCCAAAAGCCAGUGGUUCCCAACCAUGUCCUGGGGACCGCCCGUGUAUGCUAGUUUUUGUUCCAACUAGAGUUGCAAUCCCACUAGUCAUGAAAAGCACCUAAUUAAAAAAAAAUUGCUUGUUAAAAUUCUGGAAUUGGAACUGUGGUUGGAAUGAAAACCAGGUGGUCCCCAGGAUUGAGAUUGAGAACCACUGCCCUUAAGCCUUAGUGCUGCCCAAAGAUAUCAACAAAGACAAAAGGCUAGCAGUCAUCCCACACAAGGAUGACCAAACUGUACUGGGCCAAAAAUGGUACAGGAAAUAACAAGAAAACAUGAUAAUGCAAGCCAAUGGAGAAUAGUGUCUACAAAUUGUAGUGAGAACAAUGAUAUUCAGAGCUAGCUCAAAAGCUAGCUUACUAGUUAGUCUUUUUGAGGAAGUGUAAGAUGAUUACAUUUUUUUUAUAAAUGAAGGACAGUGUAGAAUGAUGGUAGUGUUAUAGGUAGUGACAUAUAAAAUGAUUUUUCACAAAACUGGCAUAUUUACAUCUUCAUAAGUAUGCUUUCUUCACCACUAAUCUUCUUCAUUACUAAUCAGUUAUUCCAAAAAUAUCACUUGAUUACAUUGUGAAAAAAUAGCUUGCUGGUGACAAUGGGGGGAAAAAACCCUAAGAUUUCUAGUACUUCCUUCACAUAAUCUUGUAGUUCUGAUGGACAGAAAAUCCACUUAGCAAGCACUCUCUGGCCCAGUCAGCCUGACAGGGCAGUCCCUUAGUGCUUGCUGUAACACAGAUGAGCCAGAGGGGGCAGCACAGUCAAUAUUGAGUCAAUAGAGUACAGAAGGCCAGAUGGUUGGCUCCCAGUGUAAAGUUUUAUAUGCAAACUGAGGAUGCCUUCUGUUAAGAACUAGGUGAAGCCAUUUUGGAAUUUAGUUUGGUUUGGCACAGUACGUAUGUCAAGUGACAUAGCAGGGAAGUUCACAUUUUUAAAAAAGUACUCAAGACCCAGAAAGGUUGGUCAAUGGAGAAUAUGGAGGUAUUUUCAGAUUAAAUUGCUUUAAAGACAGAACAGGACCAGUUUUGUUUGUUAUUUUUUGGAAAGGAUGUUUGUUUUGUCUUGGGGCUCCAGGCAGUUUCUGUCCUUGUGGAAAUGCUGUGGUACCAGGCUUUUCUGUAAGUCACCCUUAUUUUGUGAGUAUGUUAAGGUAGGGUUUUGUGGUUUUUGCAUAAAUGUAUAUUUUGGACUGUACAGUAAGUAUCUGGGAAGGAGCAAUUUAUUUCACUUAAGAAAAUCUCAAUUUCUGCACAUGUACCUUCAUGAGGAUGUGAUAUAAUGACUUCAGAAACAAAUUGUGUCGAGGAUAUUCAUAUCUAGCCCAUCUAGGGGUGGGAGUUUAAAAUCAGUUUAAGCAUUCUGCUACAAUGCAUCAGAUGAUUGCUUAUUCAAUGUAUCAAUCUGUUUGUGUCUGUUACUGUUUAAAUAAACCAUUAUGCAUGACAUAGAUUUCAUAUCCACUCACGCUUUCGGAUGUUCGAGAUCAUGUAGGAAUCCAAAUGUUUUAUCUAUUGCAAUAUACAAUGCAGUCCUUAAGUAUUUGGACUGUGAUGCUUUUUUUGCCUCUGUAUUCCAGCACAUUGGAUUUGAAAUAGAACAAUGAAUAUGAGGUUAAAGUGCUUGCUGCCUGUCAGCUUAAAUUUUUGGGUACUUACAUUCAUGUCAGGUGAAUCGUGUAGGAAUUAAUGCUCUUUUUAUCAAUGAUCCCCCCAUUUUGAGGGACCAAAAGUAAUUGGAAAAUUGGCUGCUCAGCUGUUUCAUGGUUGGCUGCGUGUUGUUGUAUCAUUAGUCCAUAUGCAAGAAAGCUAAAGGUCUAGAGUUGACUCUAGAAGUGGAAUUUGCAUUUGUUGCUAUUGUCUCUCAACACGAGGACCAAAGAAGUGCCAAGGCCAGUAGAGCAGGCCAUAAUGACAUGUAAAAAUCAGAAUAAAUUGGUCAGAGACAGCCAAAGCAUUGAGUGUGUCAAAAUAAACUGUUUGUUACACUGUUAUGAAGCAAGAAUGCACUGGUGAGCUCAGCAAUAUCAAACAACCUGGUAGAAACGGAAGACCACUGUUCUGGAUGACUAAGGAAUACUUUUGAUUGCCAAGAAAAACCCCUUUUCAAGUCUUGAACAGAUCAAGAACACUCCCCAGGAUGUAGGCAUAGCGUUAAAGACUAAAUAAAGGGAAGACUACACCAGUAUAUUCUCAGGAAGUUCACUGAAAGACGCAAAGGCUGACCACUGGUAAGCCUCAAGAACAGAAUGGCCAGGUUAGAGCUAGAGAGCAUUUAAAAAAAACUUU